AGUUCGACAAGGCGAGUCGCUGCAAUUUGAAUGUUUCUCCAGUGGCACUGAAAGAUCAGAUGUAAUUGAAAUCCCUGAAGAUCCUGCUUGUCGCCCAUGUCAUGUUACGAUCAGACACCAGUGAUAUUCGAUGUGGUUAUAAUCUCGAAGAUGGCACUGGGAGAAUAUAUGGGUCACACCUUAACAACGCAGGACAUGAGCAUGUCGCAGCGUUCUCGGCCAUGGCACGACAAUUUGACAAUAGUCUAGCUUGCAUAAUGGGCAAAAUUACACAGCGUGGCCACCAAAACAUGGUCGAGAUUGACUCCAUGACUGGGGCAGGCUAUCACCAGGCUAUGUAUCAUACCCUUGAGUGUAUGAGGACGAGUUUGAUGAUUGAGAGACACAGAAGGCCACCAGCCCACAACUUGAACACGGAUGAGAUGCUCGUCGAACAAGCACUCGAUGGGGAUGCGGCCCAUGGCCAAGCAGCCGACUCGGGAGCAUUUGAACAAUCUUAUCCGUCAUUUUUUGAUCUGCCCCAGAAUGAUGAAGGUGGAAAUGUCAGCUCUCCUCCUGAGACUGUAGGGCCGUUGCCGCAGUAUGGCGAUUAUAAUGAGGGUCUGAGUUUCGCGUCAACCUCAAAGCAAGCUGCAUCCCAACUUCCUACACCAUUUCCCGCACUUGAGCCCGAAACUAUUCAUUCUGCCUUUGUUCGGGUAGCCCAUCCUCACACAGUCGCGAGAACACCGAGCCCCCUUUCUUCCUUUGGUUCUUCGCUUCAAAUCAGUUAUCAGUCUACUCCACGAAGUUAUUAUGGCCAGCUCGCUCAAUUGACAGCGACACAAUUCGCUAUCGUGUCCAGCCUCAGUCAGCUCCAGGGUGAUAAUAUUUAUGGAGUUUGGAUAACUGAUGUGUUCGAGCGCGUGAUACAGGUGAUCGGGACUACUCGGGAAGAAUUCAGUGCCGACAUAGAGUGGCUUCUCGAAGAAGUCUACAUAGUCAGACCGCUGGACGAUGGUCGCAUCGCGCUCACGCCUCGCGCAUCGGUCUAGUUUCAUAACCUGUAUAAAUCAGUGUCUCACAUUCCUUGGGGCAAUGUGCUCAUGAGGAUUCAUCAAACCUCCUUCAAAAGCUAUUCAGGAGACGGGGAGUCCUGUUAUUUGAGCUGUGUACAUAACUUAGUUGCGGAGCUUGUGCAAAGUUCACUUUGAAGUCUUUGAUAUGUUUUUGGUACGCGCUUGGACAGAAAAGGCAACUCCGAUAUACCGGGUGUACUUACAGCUAU